GCCGGAGCCAUGGAGGAUUGAUUAUUGCUUGUUGAUAGGGCUGGCAGAAUGGUUUUCGGUUAGCAGUUAACCAGAAGGUUUCAACGAAAUCGAUCGGUUUUUGGUUUUCGGCUAACCGAAAAAUCAAUUCUGAAUACAUCGGUCGGUUGGCGGUGGACAAGGGCAGGGAUUGGGCUAACCGACUAACCGCGGUCGGUAACCGACGGUUAACUGGCUAACCGACCCCCUUCCCUUUCCCCAAAAACGACCCCGCUUCAGCCCUACCACUAACCCUAAGCAAUCGACCCUCGGCAGUCGGCCCUCCUCCUCCCAAUUCCCAAAUCAAUCGCGCAACCCACUUCCCCUUCUCGUCUUCUCGCGUAGAGAGCUCCAACCCUCCACCAUCGUCGACGUUCCACCAGGGAUAUUGUAACCCUGAGCGGUUUCCCUGCCGCCGAUAUAUCCGAGUUUCUGCUUCUCUCAACCGUCAUUGUCGGUAGAUUCGAACUCGAUAAGGUUUUCCGAGAAUUUCUUGUGAAGCGGCAACUGAGUAUUGGAGAUCUGAUUAAUUGCAAUUGACGGAUUCAAGGGAGGUAACAGAGUAUCGCUGGGGCACGGAUAAGAGUAGCGCUGAUUAAUUGCAGUUGAGGGAUUCGAAACCCAGACAACAACCCAGCACCCGCCGCCAUCGUCGACAUCGCCCCGUCGCCUCCACCCUCGUCGCCCCGCCGCCUAGACCAGCACUCCAGCAGCAGCUCGUCACCCUCCCAACACAAGCAACAGCAAGUGGGUUUCAUUCGUUUGUGACAGAGGAACAGAAUAAUGCAUGAAGUAAAUGGUUUUCAGGGUGUUCAAAAACAGAACAAGCUACCCAAGAAUUGAACUGGCUGUGUAAAGAGAAAAACCAAAGCAAAAGAAAGAAAGGAUGUGAUGUGAAUUGUGUAGGGUGGAAAAAGGGGAAAGCUGGUGUUGUGGCAGGUGGGGAACAGUUCCUUUCUCAAUUAAUUAGGGGGGCGGUGAUGGCCAUGUGAUGGGAGGAAAAAGCUGCUCUUUCUUCCGUUGGGGUUUGGGGGGAAAAGAAAACAGAGUUGGCCUUCUUCUUCCCUCUCCAUGAUGCAUUAUUAUGGUCGGUUUUGGCGGUUACCGGUCGGUUAGGCAUGUAAACCGAACUGGUCUUCACAUUUUUCGGUUGUCCCGGUCGGUUUGCAGCUAACCGAAACUGCUGGGGCGGUCGAUCGACGGUGGGUAUUGGUCAGGUCUCGAUUUAACAGAAAAUCGAGACUUCGGUUUUAAACCGAAACCGACCGUUGCCAGCCCUACUUAUUGGUGGUGGAGCUAGCGAUAAUUACAGCCAAAACUUUAAUGCCACAGAAUUCUCCAGAAGGUAGGCCUAGCUAUUAGGCCAUCCGCCAUAUGCCCACACAUUACUUUAGCACAAACCAGCCCCAGAAAUGGCACGCACUUCAACUCCAACGCCAUUUGCAGAUAUCCCCUCUCAAUUUGGCCAUGGACGACGACGGCAGCAACCCAUCUCCUCCCUACGAUCUCGUAAUCCUUGGAGCAUCCGGAUUCACGGGCAAAUACGUCGUAAGAGAAGCACUCAAGUUCCUCAACUCCCCAUCUUCCCCUCUCAAAUCCUUCGCCGUUGCGGGCCGAAACCAUUCCAAGCUCUUGGACACCCUCAAAUGGGCCGCCAAGCCCAACUCUCCACCUCCGUCCAUCGCAAUCCUCACCGCCGACACCGCCGACCCUGUUUCACUACGCAUGCUCUGCUCUCAGACCAGGCUCGUUCUCAACUGCGUCGGCCCAUUUCGCCUCCACGGAGGCCCUGUCGUGGCGGCCUGCGUCCAGGCCGGCUGCGAUUACUUGGACAUCUGCGGCGAGCCGGAGUUUAUGGAGAGGAUGGAAUAUAGUUACCACGACCAAGCGGUUGAGACCGGUUCGUUGGUUGUUUCGGCUUGUGGGUUCGAUUCGGUCCCGGCUGAGCUGGGUUGGAUGUUUAAUUCGAAGCAGUGGGUUUAUCCGGCUGUGCCUAACCGGAUUGAGGCUUACUUGAGCCUGGAAUCUGAUAAGAACAUUGUUGGGAACUUCGGGACUUAUGAAUCGGCGGUGCUUGGGGUUGCCCACAUGGACAAAUUGAUAGAGUUGAGGAGAUCCAGACCCAGUAGGUCUAAGCCAAAGAUUCCUGGGCCAUAUCCUCAUAAAGGACCACUCAUAGAUUACCAAAAGGAAUUUGAUCUUUGGGUCAUAAAGCUUCCAUCAGCGGAUACUGCAGUUGUAAGUAGAACGCUUGCAAUGUUAACAAAACACCCUAAUGGUUUUCCGGGAUGUUAUGAGAGUGAUGGUCAGAUUGAGAAGAGGAAGAAAUUUUGGUCGAUGGUGAAUCCUGCUCAUUUUGGGUUGAAGAUGGGCUCUGAGUGCUUGAUAGGUGUCUUUCGAUUCAUUGUUCUAGGCUUGUUCGUUGGGCUCUUGGGUAGAAGUUCUGUUGGAAGGUGGCUACUCCUAAACUUCCCAUCAUUUUUCAGCCUUGGAUGGUUCAACAAGAAGGGUCCUUCCGAGGACGAGGUAGCGAGCGCUUCGUUCAAGAUGUGGUUCGUUGGACGUGGAUAUAGUGACUUGAGGACGUUAACAAAUGUUGGAGACAAGGAGGUCGAUGCGGAGAUCAUAACAAGAAUUAUGGGUCCCGAUGCGGGCUAUUUGGCGACUCCUAUUAUUUUGCUACAAUGUGCUCUGAUCGUUCUAGGUCAACGUGACAGUCUGCCUAAAGGAGGAGUUCUCACCCCUGGGAUCGUGUUUGGCCCGAUGGAUCUCCAAGAACGACUCCAGCAAAAUGGAAUUUCUUUUGAUGUCAUUUCAAGGAGAAUUGGCUCUACUAGAUGAUGGGUGUUCUAAUUGAACCUUUGGUCGUGUGAGAAAUCUAUUUAUCUCCAAGUUUAGUCUUUUCCAUUUUAAGUAAUAUGUAUAGGUUGACAACAAUGUAAUGUGUUGUAGUUUGUUUUAGACUUGUAUUUCAUGAAUUAUUUUAUUUUGAACAAUCAUGAGAGUCGAGAUGAAGUCCGCCUCCAUUUGUCGUUAAUGGUGUUAAUAAGACCUCUGAUUCUGU